AUGUCGUUCCAGGACCCCAAGAAGACCGGCCAGGCCGAUGCCCCCAAGAUCCACAAGAUCCGCAUCACCCUCACCUCCCGCAAGGUUCAGUCCCUCGAGAAGGUCUGCACUGAGCUCAUCGACCGCGCAAAGUCGAAGGACCUCCGCGUCAAGGGCCCCGUCCGUCUCCCCACCAAGAACCUCAAGAUCACCACCCGCAAGACCCCCUGUGGUGAGGGUUCCAAGACCUGGGACACCUACGAGAUGAGAAUCCACAAGCGUCUCAUCGACCUUAACGCCCCCACUGAGGUCGUCAAGCAGAUCAUCAUCAACAUCGAGGCCGGUGUUGAGGUUGAGGUCACCAUUGCCGCUUAA